ACAUUUAUAUAAUGUAAAAACAACAUAAAAUACACACACAACAAAAAAUACUAAAACAGAUAAAUUAAAAGUUAAGCCCCCCUGAAUAGAAAUAGUGAUAAAAAAAAACACUCAAUUUUCAUAAAAAUUACUGGUCUAGUUUAUUAUCACAAUGUUGUCUUAUAUCAAACGUAAAUUAUCAGAAUCAGACUCUAGCGCAAACUCGACAAAUGCCGAUGCUCAGUUAGUGCGUAAAACUUCACAAAUGUCUUUGAGUUCAGGUGGUGGUGUCGGUGGUAAUGGCGAGUGCGAUGAGGCCAUUGCUAUUGGCGAGGAUGCCUUACUACAUGAAUUGGGCUAUAAGAAUGCUACCGAUUUACAGGAAACUAUUUAUGAUUGUUUAAGAACCAUAAGAGAUCCCGAGAAACCAGCUACUUUGGAGGAUUUAAAUGUUAUAUAUGAAGAUGGUAUAUUUGUAAUGCCAUCCACAAAAUCAAAUGUUUCAGUGGUACGCAUUGAAUUUAAUCCUACGGUGCCUCAUUGUUCCUUGGCCACUUUGAUUGGUCUUUGUAUACGUAUAAAAGUUGAAAGAAGUUUACCUCACAAUAUUAAAAUUGAUAUUUAUAUUAAAAAGGGAACACACAAUACCGAAGAAGAAAUCAACAAACAAAUCAAUGAUAAAGAAAGAAUAGCUGCUGCUAUGGAAAAUCCCAAUCUUAGAGAUCUUGUGGAAAAUUGUAUAAAAGAUGAAGAGUAAUAGAAUUUAUGAUUAAAUAUGUUUUUUUUGUAUGUAUAUCCAAUAUAUUAGAAAUUAAGUGAAAGUGAAAUUUUUAAGUCUGGCAAAUUAAAUGUGUAUGUAAAGGUUUUUUUAAUAACGGUAAAAUUAAUAAAAUUUAAUUGAUUUAACAAUAAUUCGGAAUCAA